AUGUUAGCACCCAUCUCGGGCUAUGACAAGAAACCACUAAUGUCGUUAGAAGAAACUGUCAAGCCUCUUCUCAACAUCCUUCCUGAACUGACACUAUACAUUUGGGUUGCUAUGGAAAACUCGAAACAUGGUUUGGAUGGUCUCAUUUCUGAUGAGUCAGCUGCUAUUCAUUUAUACACAAUGGAAUGGAGCGGACAGAAAAAUAGUUUAUAUUAUUUGCUUAAUUGUGCAUUACGUGAGAUUGCUCGUCAGCGACUCAUUCCAUGGUCUGGAUAUUUGAAAUUAUUGUUAACAGCUCUGUUCAAACUACCACCGGUGGAAGCCACGGUUUGGAGGGGUGUACGCGCAGAUUUAAGUCAAGAAUAUGUUGAAGGCAGUUUUCGCACAUGGUGGGCACUAUCAUCUUGUACGAACAGAAUUAAAGUUCUUGAAUCACCUUCGUACAUUGGAAACGUAGGUGUUCGUACUCUGUUUUCUAUUAAUUGUCAAAACGGAAAAUCGAUUCGAACUCAUUCAUAUUUCAAGAAAGAAGAUAAAAUAUUGUUGAUGCCGGGUACGUGUUUCGAAGUUGUUACUGAAAUGAAUUUAGCAGAAGGUCUGCAUAUUAUUCAUCUGCAAGAAAAAGAGCCGCCGGUUCAACUGCUAACAUCGCCUUUCGCUUUGGCUACAAAUGUAUCACAAAACUCAUCUACGCUAGCGGAUGCUGAUGACAUUGCUACACCCGAGAAAAAUAUUCUUGGAAAUUUGUCGACUCGAGCUGAAGUAAGCUUUACACCAGAAAUCAUUAGUACGGAAGUUAUACGCGAAGAUGCUCCCAUUAUUCAAUCCGUAGAAGAGCCGAUUAAUACUCCGCCGUUUGUCGGUUACUCAACAAAAGAACUAUCACUUGUCAACACGUCAUUUGGUUCAUCGGAUGCCAAAAAUACAGAGCCUAAAUUUUUGCCCCGGAUUUCAUUAUCUCCUAAAUUUCAGCUUGCUUUACUAUGUACAGGCGAUAACUGCCAGUUAGCAGAUGAACUAAAAAGUAUUUUCCGAAAUUCGUUUGUAACUCUUUCAAAUGUUGACAUAUGUGGAAAAUAUAUUGCAUUAAUGAACGCUUUUCAGCUUGUAUUCAUCGUCAGCUGA